ACAAAUAUAGUAUUUGAAGAGUAUGUUGGCACUGUGUAUUGGAGGAAAUCCACACUGGUUUUAAUUACGACCAAUACUAUGAUUUCUAUAUUCUACUUGGUUGGAAUGAAUUUUAAAGUUUAGUUUGUGAUGUUUAAAGUGGUUAAUGGGAAAAUUGUAUAGCUGGAUGUAAUUGUUUGGCACUGAAUAAAUAUUUGAAUCUAACAAUUUUUAAAAGUGCGUAAGUGUGAGAAUUUUAUACAGUGUACAAUCAUGUAACUGUGGAUUGUUUAUCAUUCGGCAGAACUUUGGAUUACAUAUAAGGAUUUAAUAGUACUUUAUAAGAGUGAUGGGUGUGACAGAGACUCGUAAGGCAGCUCCACCAUGCAGACUGCUCCUAUUGUUUGUUGUGGCAUGUCUAGUCGACUGGUCCUGGGCUCAAGCUCUUGGUCAAAAUAAUAUAAACCAGCCACAGAAGUUACAGCAGCAGCAACCACAACAGCAGCAGCAGCAGGCGGGAGGCUGGAGAUUUGAAAAACCUAAUCAGGAUACCCAUAAUGCACUAAAUAUCCAUGGCAACAAUGGACAGGAAGUACAAAUGCAGCAGAAUGGUGCUCAGCAACAGAACGUAGUGCAAUAUCAACAAAUUGGUAACAAGGUAUACAGCAAAGAUCAACUGCAGAUGCUCAAACAAAACUUGCAGCCAUUGCAGAACAUAGGCAACCAGAAUCAGCAACCAUUACAAAAUCUUGGCAGCCAGAAUAUUCCACAAAAUCAGCAAAAUAUAAACAGUCAAAACGAAGCUGGAAACAACUUUGCAAAGAACUCUGAUGUACAAACAAAUCAGCAAAAAGAUUUACCAAGAAAGCAAAAGUUAGACACUGAUACUGUUGUCUCAGAUAAUGCGGGUGAUCCUCAAAAAAGAAUUUCUAUAGAAGUGCGGAAAGACUCAGUGAUUGGGAGAGUUAUUACAGAUGGUGCUGAUGCAGGGGUGAAAAAUUCUCAGAAUGGAGAAACUGGUCAGAAAAAUUAUGUUGGUGAAAAUGCUGACAGUAAAGAUGGUAAAAGGUUGGUUCAGAAUGCUGAUUCAGGAAAUAAUGUUAGAAAUAAACAAGAGACUAGAGAUGAAAGAGGUGCAUUUGAUGUUGCUGAUCUUCCAAAACCUCUGGAGGAUAAUGCACAUGCACUUACAGGAGAUUCUUUUGAUAAGAAAGAUGGUGGUUCAGAAAAGGGUGGUGGCAUUCCAGAUCAUGUGCGUAUAAUUGAUGGGGAUGUAGAAAAGAACUUAAAAAAUGGUAAUAAUGACUUAAAUGAAAUUCAAAAUGGUGCAAGAGGAGAUAGUGGGAUUGACAAUUCAGUGAUCCGUGUUCCUUCAAUAGAAACAAAUGAAAUCCCCCGAAAUGUUGGAAAUUCAGUUGAUAUGAACAGAGGUCAACAAAAAGUUAAUAAUCGGGCUCAAACUAAUGAAGAAGAAAAACCAGGGAGUUUAAAGGUUGUCUGGGACUGGAGUGAUUUUGCUGUGAACUUUGAGCAAUAUGUCAUGCCGGAGCAGAAAAUUCGAAGAGCUCCUCAUUCAACUACUGGAGAGCCAUGGCCAAUGCCUCAGUAUUAUGUAACAAAAAAAGACAAAGUUUACAGAAUUGACCGAGCUAGUUUUCGGUUUGAUCUCUCGAAAAUUAAGUGUGAUAUAAUAGAAAGAGCAAUAGAAAGAUAUAAGCCGUAUGUUCUGGAGGAUCCAGUUGAAGAUGUGUAUGAUAAUUUUCAGCAUUCUCAGAGUACGAUGUUUGAAGAUCCGUCCAUUAAAUAUGAUAAACCAUUGUUUCUAAAUGCACCAGUUGUACCGAGAGUGCUGAUAAAAAUACGUAAACCAUGUGCCAAAUAUCCGACUGCAAAGUCAGAUGAGUCAUAUGACCUGUUUGUAAAGCGAACUGGGAUACAUAUUUGGGCAAAUGAGGUUUGGGGAGCCCUUAAAGGUCUGGAAACAUUCAGUCAGCUCAUCUUUAAGGGAACAAAUCAACUGUUGUACAUCAGAGAUACCGUGAUCAACGAUUACCCACGGUUCUCUCAUAGAGGUCUGCUGAUUGACUCGUCGAGACAUUUCAUCUUUAAGGAAACCAUCUAUGAUGUUCUGGAAGGUAUGGCACAGAAUAAGAUGAAUGUUCUACACUGGCAUAUAGUUGAUGAUCAAUCUUUCCCAUUCUACAGUAAUGCUUAUCCCGACCUUAGUGCAAAGGGAGCUUUCCAUCCUACAUUUGUGUACAUGCCAGAGGAUGUGGCAGAUAUUAUAGAGUACGCACGCUUACGUGGAAUAAGAGUGGAACCAGAGUUUGACACACCAGGUCACACAUAUUCAUGGGGAUUGAGUAGACCAGAUUUACUGACUCAGUGUUACCAAGGGGACCGACCCGUGGAUGGCUACCUAGGCCCAAUGGACCCAACAAAGAAUGAGACCUUUAGAUUUCUGAAAAAUUUCUUCAAAGAUGUCCUUCAUUCGUUCAAGGAUCAGUAUAUACACUUGGGAGGAGAUGAGGUCCCUAUGACAUGCUGGCAGUCCAAUUUAGAGGUAACAAAGUUCCUAGCAAAACUUGAGGGAAAACCAGAGUCUGACAUACGGAACACUGAUCCGUACUAUUACAGUUACGACAUUCGUAAAGUGCUUGAAUACUAUGUAACAAGGCUGAUAAAAGAUCUGAAGAGUUUGGGCAGUAAGAGAUCUAAUGGUGUUAGGCUGGUGUUCUGGCAGGAAAUUAUGAACAAUAAUGUACAGCUUCCAAAUGACACAAUAAUUCAAGUUUGGCAGGGCGGAAUGGAAGAGGUUGAGAGAGCGAUCGCGCUCGGGAUGAAUGUGAUAUACUCGUCAUGCUGGUACCUUGAUCUCAUUGAAUAUGGUACCAAGUGGUCAAAAUAUUACCAGUGCGAUCCUGCCGACACCACUUAUGUUCGUAGACCUGUUGUUGAGGUUGAUGACCAUGGACAGCCAUUGCCCCCAGAACGAUUCAACAUAGACGAGAGUAAAGUUUUAGGGGGAGAGGCUUGUCUGUGGGCGGAGUAUAUAGAUAACGAAAAUCUAAUGACUACUCUGUGGCCACGAGCUUCUGCGACUGCAGAAAGGUUAUGGAGCAGUAAAGAAGUGAGAGAUUUAGAUAGUGCAGCUGCAAGGCUUCAGGAACAUAGAUGUAGAAUGUUGAGCCGUGGCUUAGGUGUUGGUCAGAUAAGCGGGCCAGAUUAUUGUUUGCGGAGGGGAAAGAGACGUCAGAAUCUGAAUGAAACGGCUUCAGCUAACUGCACCUACGCACAGUGUUCAGGAUACAAUGAGAAGAGUCGUGUUGAGGUAGAAAAUAUUAAGGUGGAGUUUGAGCAAAAGGGAGGGAGAAUUUCCGACUGUUCUCAGGCUGUAUUGCAAGCCGGGGGCCAGCUGACCUUAGUUGUACUUCUAUUAAUUCUCAUUGCCAUAGCAGUGACCUUGACAUUUACCAAGAAAAAAUUUGCACAGGUUCGAAUGUGUAAAAAUAAAACUAUAUUAAUGGUGUUUGUGACAUUGAUUUUAGUGUAUUUUAUGUGCUAUACUUCUAUUUGGAUGCAAGCUAUGGAAUUUAAAGGAUCUUUUGAAAAAAGAAUUAGUUCAAAUGUGCAGCAAACAUAGUGUUGAGCUAAAUAUAGACUGUAUAGUGAUAAACUAAAUACAUAUGUCAUAUAGAAUAAAUAUCAGUGUCCACAAAAAUAGUCCCUAUUUCCAAUUAAUGUACCAUGCAGUAGAGAGUUAGAAUUGAUGACUCACAGAAUUUAUUUUUGGAGUCUGGAAGAGACACUUGAUAUUUGCAUCAGUAUUGCCAGAAAGUAGCUAGAAAAUGUCUGCCAAAAGUAGAUUGCCAGGAAGAGUUUAUACAGGACUGAAAAAGAUUGAUUCUUCUGGAAAAUAUCAUUUUUUAGGCCAGGAAAAUGUGAAUAUGGAGUGGAUGACAGUAUGUGUCAGAAGACAAAACCCAUGGGAAGAAGACAUAUUGAUACAAUGUCAAAUACAAGAAUCCGGAUUCAGAAUUAGGUUUUUAAACUUUACAAAAGUCAGAACAAUAAAACAAGUUUUGAACUUAUCUGUCAGAUGUAAACAAACAAAAAAAUUUUUUGAACAUGUGAAUGUCAAAAUGAAAAACUGGCUUUGGCAAUUAUUGCAAACCCAAAAGGAAAAUAUGAUUUUUUAAAAAUUAUUAAAAUGUCAAAAACUAAUACUAAUUCACCAAAAGUAAGAAUUGCUAAAUGUCCAAAAGCAGGAUACAUGUAUAAGGUUUUAAUAUUUUACUUUUCAUAAAUGGAAAAAAAACAAAUAAUAUCGGGGAUAUCGGAGUAUAAAAGAAGAUAGAAAAGAAAGGAAAAGAAUUCAAGAAAAAGCAUUGUAUCAUUUAUAAAAAAAAGUGUAAAAAAACAUGAAUGCCAAUAUGGACAUACAGUAUUAGAUAUCAUAGAACAUGACAUUGUGGAGAUGGAUGGCUAUUAUAUUUUUACAUGAAUUCAGGACAAUGGCAACAUUUUAAAACAUAUGAAAAUAUGUUGUUUGAAAAUAUGUUGUUCAUGAUUUGUUAUUCAAUUUGUAAAAAUAAUAUAUAUCUGUUGAAAAAUUUAGAAAGUUACCAUAUCUGGCCUAGUUAUAACAACUUUUUCCAAAUUGAAAUAAUUUUUAACAUGAAUUGAAAUUACCCAGGAGACAUAUCCAUCACUAAAAGAACAGUAAGGUGUUGGAUUGUCACUUUGGUUGUUGUUUUAUCCAAAAUGAAUAUGAAUUUUAACCCUGCAAUAACUUACAUGGAUUUGUAGUUUCAGAUUUUAUAGUAGUUUGUAAGUAUUUGGUAGUGACUGGCAGUAAGUAGUCCCAGUUUUAGUGUAAAUGACUUUUUGCACAGUCAGAUGGAUAGUUUAUCGUGCCAUAACAUGUUCAUUUGUGUGAUAUUCAUGUGUUACGAUAAAUGUAAAUAUGAUUUGUUUGUUAGACAACUUGUUGAUAUGAAAUAGUUCCUUUAUUCUGUGUGGCUAGUUUAUAGGAUAGAAUGUUUUUAUAAUAUACACUGUAUUCAUUCGGUUACACUUAUUUGCGGUUUAAGCGCCCGUUCGCAGAUUUCAUGUUGAUAGAUUAUUUUUUUCAAUGGCAGAAUCAAAGGAAGCAGUUGUUCAAAAACCUGUGUAAAGUUAUAGAUCUGAGAUAAUAAGGUGUACAGAGGGAGGAUUGCCCUACACUCUGUCUAACUGGUAACCCUCAUAGAUGCCAGCUUUCACAGAAGUUCCAGGGGCCUCCGUGGCCGAGUGGUUAAGGGCGCUGACUUCAAAUCACUUGCCCCUCAUUGAUGUGGGUUCGAGCCUCACUCGGGGCGUUGAAUUCUUCAUGUGAGGAAGCCAUCCAGUUGGCUUAUGGAAGGUUGGUGGUUCUACUGAGGUGCCCGCUUGUGAUGAAAUAAUGCACCUGGGGUCUUCCUUCACCAUCAAAGCUGGAAAGUCGCCAUAUGACCUGUAAUUGUGUUGGUGCGACGUUAAACCCAAAAAGAAAGAAAAAAAAAAAUCACAAAAGUUCCAGAAAACAGUAACCCAGACCAGGGACCUAUUACAUGAUGUACUUGUCAUUUUGUUUCAGAUAGAUCAUUAAUCUUAACAGACAUUGUAAUGAGGAAUAACUUUAUUCAGAUUCUGCUUUUUGAUAUACCUCAUUUUAAUGUUACUAUUACUGCAAUUUUUGCGCUAUGACUGCAAAUUGGUGUAACAGUUAGAUACUGUGACCUAAGUGCUUGUUUUUCAUCACCCGGUGUGAUAAUUUUGUCUGUUACCUUUAUGCGUGUUAACAUAAUUUAUUGUAUGUUGUUCUAGGAAAUUGAAUCUCCAGGAAUAAGAUGGUUUUACUACUGGAAUAAAUAAUAUUUUAAAAGUUCUUAACGGUAGAUUCAAGGGUUUCUCUGUGAAAAACUGUGCAUAUCACUGAAGAGGAAAUAUACCACAUUUAUAUAUAAUUACAUAGAAUUGAUUUUAUUUCAUUAUGAACCAUUGAAAUAUUUGUUUCUACUAUUUGUAACGUCUUAAUAUAUAGCUUUCUUAAAACCAAAAUGUAUUUAUGGUAGCUAAUAUUUUGUAAGUUUUUAUAGUCACUUGAGGAAGGUUAAGUUUAUGUUAAAUGUUUACUAUUUCAAGCUUUAUUGAAAUAUCUUAAUAAUACAGUAUGUAGUAAGUAAUGUGUAUUGAUUUACUAAAUGUCUUGAACAUUUUUGAAGAUCUGAUGUAUUCAAAAACAAGUUAACCCUUAUCAUGCCGGACACGACUGAUUCUGCCUUUGCGACCAGUGCAGAUCAUGAUCAGCCUGCACAUCUGUGCAGACAAGAUGGACAUGUUCAUUAUAGAAAUUCAGUAGGGUAAGGGUUAAUGAGACAAUUAUCAAGAACCAUUAACAGAUAUACGGUACUUGUAUAUUUAUAAUGUGCACUAUUGAAUAAUGUGCAUAUAUAAAAUUGAAGAUUGAAACUUUGGGAGAAAGAAGUUCAAAUUUGCAUAAAGGUCUUUGCAUUUUGACAAUGUUUUUUUUUACAAUGAAUAUUUACCAGAUAGUAAAUAAAAUAAGUGAAAGCCAGUGUUGGUCAUCAGUGCUUUUGUAGUUUUCGUUGCCAUUUCCAUGAAAUAUAAUUGCAAAUGAAAUUUUCAUGAGGAAAGAAUUCUGUUUUUUUUUUAUGGAUUUUAUAUUCUGUUUUAUUGUGUAAUUGACCCACCGCUAUUUCAGAUUGAUUUUCAAAAUUGAAAAAUCAAAGUUGUUACUUCUUUUACUUUUAUAAAGUUUGAUUCAUAAUUUUUAUGUGUUUUUUCCGCUUGUCUUUUUUAAUUCCACCAUUAUCAGGUAUAAAAGCUGAGCAUUUUAUAAGCUUUAAUGUAUAAGGUAGGGAAUUUUUGCGCAGCUUUCUUUUUUUGCCAGUUACAGUGCGCUCUCUGUAGAACAACACCCUUUGGGGGAUACAAAAAUUGACCAUUAUGUAGAGGUUGUUGUUCUAGAGAAGGUAAAUUUGAUAGUAUAAUUCAGCUUGGGGAAAUUUUGAUGAUAUUGUUAUAAAGAGGUUUUUGCUUAAGAGAGGGCCGCUCUGGAGAGGUUGUACUGUAUUUUAAAGAUAUUUGUAUGAGAGAUAAAUUAUCCCCAUUCAGUGAAUAAGUAUUAGAAAAGAAGUUUUGAGAAUUGAAAUUUUUGAUUUUGGAAAAUUGCCCAAAAUGUCUGCUGUUGCAUUUUUUAAGAAUUCCAUGUUCAGCUGUAAACCUUACAAUCAGUAAUGAUAAUACAGGGUUAAUGUAUAUAGCUUGAUCAUUUAUCGUAUUAUUUUGUAUAUAUUUUAAGAUAAUUAUUUUAAAUUAUCAGCAUCUGCAUUAUAUCAUUAAAGUGUAAAAUAUUAGGGAAAGAGAUUGGGCUUAGAAGGGGAGAUGACAUGAAUUUUUUUAGGAUUUUCCAGUUUGACACUGUGAAAUUCCGAUCAUGUCAUGUUACUGGUUAACAAUAAAACUGGAAUUAAAACUACAAGUUGGCCAUUUAGACAAAAUGCCUAAGGGAUGUCCGAGACUAUUUUGCUUAAAGACCAAUCUAUUUAAACUUAAAGAGAAAGCCACAACUAAGAGAAGAAAAUGAAGGAAUGCCCUUAAUGUCUGAUUCAGACUUCAAAAUACUUACCACCUUGAUAAGACCUUCAUUCUACAGGAACUUUUGUUGUUCCGGUAUACAAAUGAAUAGUUUAUGACAUUUUCUGUGCUGCCAAUCUGGUCUAAUAAUCCACGUACAGUUUUUUGGUAAAACAAAAUACCUUUUAGGUUAGCCAGCCAGUUUAUAGAUAUAUAUUUGAUGCUUAUCGAAAUGCAGAUAGUUACCUGGUUCCCAUCGAAGAGUGAGAGUGCUCUUUCCAUGCCAUCCAGUACUUUCUAAAUAGUAACCUACUUCCCACCAAAGAAUUCACACACUUUUAUACUUUCCAUGCCAUCCAGUACUUCUUUCUUACAUUGUUUGUAAAUAAUCCCACCUCGCAAGUUGUAUCUGGGUAAUAAUGUAAUAGUGAAUUCUCUGUGUAGGAGUAUAUAUAGUAAUAAUAAUAAAGUCUUUAUUUAACGAGGCAACACAGUUGGGCAUACCCAGUCUUCCCUGUGAGCCUUAAGUGAAUUAAUCACUCUGUAUAAUAACAGGUGUCUGCUGAAAAGUGCCUGAUAAAUUUAUUUGAGUUUUAUACACGUAAACUUGUAUGUUUAGAUCUUCAAAUUUAGGUUUCAGAAAGCACAUUUACACAUUAUAUGAAGUGAAACCUUGCAGAAUAAUAGGCACUGCUGAAAAUUGUUUGAUGAAUUUAAGCUGUUUUCUACAUGUGAGUUAACACGUUUAGAACCUAAAUUAAUAUUUAACUAGUAUAUGUAUAGCUAUAUGGUAACGUUUCAAAUAUGACAUUCUAGUUGCUUUUCGAAAUGAAGACGUGCCCCUACAAGUACAAAAUCGCAAAACCUUAAAAAUCUUAUCACCCAAUCAUAUUCAGGAAAAUAAAACUAUAUUUGUAGGUAGAAUGCUAUUUUUUAAAUAAUUUCUCAUGCUGUUUUUUAGUAUUACUUAUUUUCCCUUCGAGAUGCAUGUCGAUUCUUAUUACACCAUCUUAUUACAAGUUUGUAGAAGUAUGUUGAAGAAGUGAUAUUUGUUUUGUUUGUUUCUGGAUACAGUCACAGCAAGUAUUACAAGUUCAGUGAUGUCUAUUAAAAGAUCUUUGGAAGUACAGAUUACUGCCAUACAAAACAUUACAGAAUCGUUUAAAUUUAGUGUGUUUAUGAGAGGUGAUCAAAUGUGGAACAUGCCUCUAAUAACAGUGCAAGUAGAAAUAUAUUUCAAAAUAACAUUGAAAUAGACUCCAUGAGCCCUCAGAACUAGAAAUAAUGAAAAUGAGAAAAUUUGAGGUGAAGAAACUUUUUAUUUGUAAAAAAAAAAACAUUAUUAUGAUCUGUCUUUGAAAAGUACAUAAUUUAUGCAGAUGUAAGAUGUGAUUGUAUAUGUAUUCUUGUUAGAGUUACUGCCCUUGGCAUACUGUGUAUUUCAGUAUAAAUGUGUAAUUAGUUGGUGGAAUAAGUGUAAAGUGUUUUUGAUUUUUAUGUUGUUUGCCUAGUUAUGUUUUAUUUAUACAUGCAGGUGUCUAUGUACACAAGGAAAUAUUAUGUAACCUUACUUCUGUUUAAAAUAUCAUGUUAUUCAAAUGAGUGGUUAGUUGAUUUUCAUCCUGACAUGCUGAAAAACAAUAACUCUACAGCUUAUGAACCUGUUGUGUGCUUUUUCUACCAUUCUAGUAAAGAAAUUAAUAUCAGAGUUAAUUCUUGCAAACUGCUAAUGUCAAAAUUGAACUAAAUAUGUCUUGCGAAAGAAAAAAUCACGUCAUGAAAUGGGGGAAAAACUAAAUCUCAUCUACAAAAAGUGUAAAUUUUUGUGUUAGUCGUUUGUUAAUUACUUUUCAUAUUGAAAAUUUUGCAUUUAAUAUGGUUCUGUAAAAUUAACAGAUUUUGCAUUAAAUAUAGUCAGGUAAAUUAACAAACUUCUACAUGUCACAUGAUAUCACAUUUAACGUUUUGUCAUGUGACGCAUUUCACUUACUUCCUGGUUAUACAUUAAAUAAUUAUUUUUUAACAUGAAAUCCAUUGAAAGCUUACGGUUAUGCUUUUUUUCACCAUAUUUCUAAUUCAGGUCCAUUUUUGUGUUGUGAGAUUUUGUCAUGUGUAUAUAUUGAUUCAUUUACAGUUUUAAGUUUUUUUCCAUUAAAUUCAGGUGCAUUGAUUACAGCCAGGAAAUUGUUUUUAUGUUUUGUGUCUUUCAUUAGCUUAUUUCUUUUGAACCGUUGAUGAAGCUUCUUUCAGACUCGAGUCUGCCCAAGUUUUCUCAGAUAUAGUAAGCUCAGAUUUACCUGGAAUGAAAUUGAGAACAAUUUUUUUUUUCAGGGGAAUAUCAACUAUGACCUGUUUACCUAUAAGAAUCUUUCACCAGUUGAAGGUGCAGACGGAAAUGUCUGGCUUGAGGGUAGCUGUUGAGGUGGUAACAAGGCUCUGUUGCUACUGCAAAACAGUUACCCAAGAGCCAGAUAUUUCCUUCCGAACAAUCAAGUAGUGAAUAUUAGUGAUAGGCUAGAUCAUUUUUCUUACAUGCCUUAUUCUUCAGUUAACAUAAGAAAUAAAGUAAAACAAAUGCUUUCCUUGUAUAAAGCACUAUUUAAUUAUAGUAGCCUAUGAAUUUACGCAAUCAUUCAUAAAUUACUGGUACAGCACAUGAGUCAUAUUACUCCCAGAGUUUUUCCAGCAUCAGCAAAAGCAUGGGAAAAUCCUGUCCGGCAUGCAAGAAAAGAUUAAUGUACCUACACAUCUAGAUCAAGUUUUUGAUUUCUUGUGAGAAAUUUUUUGGAAUAUUUUUUUCAUAAACAUUUUAAAAAAGCUGUUGCAUAUCAGAAUUUUCUGUUUUCUCCAAGAAGUUCAAGAAUUUUUGGAGUGUUAUUUGUGUAUUUAUCAAAGAUGUUGAGAUGUCAAUAGUUUAGAGGUGCAACAGUUGUAUAGACAAUUUCUAGAUGGAAUGUACAGUGACAUGUCUGCCAAUUUUUUCCAGGGAACAGAUAGGAUACUAAAAUUUUAAACUUCCAAAAUAGCUUUGACAAGGGUUUUAUACACAUUUAGGUGAAUUUCUCUUGAAAUUUCAGUGUCCCUAAAUUCAUAAAGAAAGUACCGGUACCCUGUAUGAACACAAUACCCUAACCUCUCUUGUUGCUGAGAACAAUUUAAAGCUGCAUGCCUCCAGAUUUAUAUCUCUUUUUUUUCUCCAAACUUAAGAAAAUGCAGUAAGUAAUUGCAACAGAGACAUUUAAAAGUGAUUCCGUAUGUUGUAGGAAGUUUUUAUCUACAAAAAUAUUCCUUUAGUCAAUAAAAUAUGUAGGAAACCCUCGGAAGCAUUUAUCAUGCUAUUGAUAUUUGAUACAAAAUAGAAUGAUUUUGGCUGUACCUUUAUAUCCUACUCAUUAAAAUAUACAUAUAUAUCAAUUGCUAUAGGUUUUAAAAUUUUGAAAUUCAUCUUGAGGCGUGUCCUUUUAAUUUGUUUCUCAUAGAUUUAUCUAUUUUUACCAGAUAAUUGUUAAAAUUCAUAUACAAUUCAGUGAUUUUUACAUCUACCCUUUCUGUUGCUGUAUGUUGAUGAAAUGGUUUGUACUGUGUACAAUGUGAAAAGAUUUAUGAUGUACUGUGUACAUCUGCUUGCUGUAUAUAGGCAUGACAGGCAAUAAAAUUGUUGAAACCUGAACAGAA